UGGGAGAAUGUAACUUCCUCAUGUGCUGAUUGUUAACAUCCUAUGUACUCACUCCACCGGCACUUCUCAAGUGAACGAUAUGGAGGAAUCGUCUAUAUCAUAAAUAGAGGGGCCUUCAAAAAUUGGUCUAUACAUACUUUAAAAAUAACCUUUCGAUGGAAUAUAGGCUGCUUCAUUUUCCCGGAUAAUACUAAGAUUUAACAUCUGAUUUGAAGUAAGUUCCAGAAUGGGUUGCAUUGAAUCCAAGGAGCAGAAGGCUAUCAACAAAGUGAUAAACGACGACUUCCUGAACAAGGCUCAGGCACCCCACUAUGUCAAAGACCCCACGUCCGGGAACAAGGCAAACAGAACCAGCUCCUCCAACCUCCCAGUCUGCACUGACGGUCCAGAAAACAUUGUGAUUGCACUGUAUGACUAUGAGGCCAUGCAUGAAGGAGACUUGGGCUUCAAAAAGGGUGACAGACUGAAAGUCCUUCAAGAGUCAGGGGAGUGGUGGAAUGCAGUGUCUAUCAGUACAGGAAAGGAGGGCUACAUCCCCAGUAACUAUGUAGCUAAAGACAGUUUGGAGACAGAGGAGUGGUUCUUCAAAGGUAUCAGCAGGAAAGAUGCAGAGAGACAGUUGCUGGCCUCAGGAAAUUGCGUUGGGUCCUUUAUGAUCCGAGACAGUGAAACCCCCAAAGGCAGUUACUCCUUGUCGGUGAGAGACAGAGAUGCUAAAUUUGGUGACAGGGUCAAGCAUUACAAGAUUCGUACUCUGGACGAUGGAGGCUUCUACAUUUCUCCCAGGAUCACCUUUAGCACUCUGCAGGACCUGGUCAGCCACUACAAGAAACAGUCUGAUGGGCUGUGCCAAGCUCUGACGGUCCCAUGCCUCAGUCCCAAACCGCAGAAGCCCUGGGAGAAGGAUGCGUGGGAGAUCCCUCGGGAAUCUCUGAGGCUGGAAAGACGUCUGGGUGCAGGACAGUUUGGGGAGGUCUGGAUGGCCACAUAUAACAACCACACAAAGGUGGCAGUGAAGACAAUGAAGCCAAACAGUAUGUCAGUGGAAGCUUUCUUAGCUGAGGCCAACCUGAUGAAGACAUUACAGCACGACAAGCUGGUGCGGCUUAAUGCCGUGGUUACCAAGGAGGAGCCCAUCUACAUUAUCACAGAAUUUAUGGAGAAAGGCAGUUUACUGGAUUUCCUGAGGAGUAAUGAGGGAAGCCGUAUCCAGCUCCCAAAACUCAUAGACUUCUCCGCACAGAUUGCAGAGGGAAUGGCAUACAUUGAGCAAAGGAACUACAUCCACAGAGACCUGCGAGCUGCCAACAUCCUCGUCUCUGAGACCUUGGCGUGUAAGAUCGCUGACUUUGGCCUGGCCCGCAUCAUCGAGGACAAUGAAUAUAGUGCCCGGGAAGGAGCCAAAUUCCCCAUCAAGUGGACUGCACCAGAGGCCAUCCACUACGGCUCCUUCACCAUCAAGUCUGAUGUGUGGUCCUUUGGCAUCCUUCUAACAGAGAUCAUCAGCUAUGGACGAACCCCAUACCCAGGAAUGCCACACUCGGAGUUGAUUCGAUCCCUGGAGAGGGGCUACCGCAUGCAGCGCAUGGACAACUGUCCGCAGGAGCUUUACGAUAUUAUGCUGAUGUGCUGGAAAAGCAGGCCAGAGGACCGGCCCACAUUUGAGUACCUACAAAGUGUGCUGGAAGACUUCUACACAGCCACAGAGACUCAAUACCAACAACAACCAUGACAUCAUGAUAUGCACACAUGUACGCCCUCUCUCUCUCACACACGCACACACAUACACGCACAUAUGCACACACACACACACACACAAACACACACACACACACACACACACAGUCAGUUUCAUAACUGGUAAAGAUACACAGGCACAGGAAAAAUUAUACUUUAGUUGUAAUGAAAGUCCCUGGGUCUUACCACUUAUCUUUACUAUUCAUAUUGAAUGAACACGGAAAUGUGUUGGUGGGGUAACACAUACAGUCUUACAGAUACUUAUAAUGAAAGAUACACAGCACACACAGAUAAAGGCGCGCACACACACACACACACAUGCAUGCACACAUACACACACACUGGUUAAAUGCUGAAUUUAAAAGGGUUGUGGUAAAUUAACCUUUGUAAUUACAUAUUAUUGUGCAUCUUCUAAGAUACUGCAUUUGAAAAUCAACUGUUUAAAUUUUGUGUUUAAAUCUCAUUUUCAUAUCGUAGACAAUUUUCUUUUGUAAUUAUCAUUUGAAGUACUGGAAUGCUUUUCUUUGCUUGAGAAACAUCUAUUUUCUCUUUAAAACAAGACCAAAAACAUGAAAUU